GGCCGGGGUCUCUCUCCUACUGCGUCUGGGUCCUCUCGGCCGGGGACGGGAUGCGCCCCUGCCCCCCCGAGCAGCCCUGCCCCUCCAUCGCCCUCUCCAUCCGCCCAGACACACUCUGCACGAGCAACUACGUCUACGUCUUUGACGGCCUGCCGGACUUCCUGGACACGGGCCUGAUCCAGCUUGACCGGACACUGAUUGGGGCCUUCUGCGGCCAAGGCCAGGACCGGCCCGCCACCGUGGAGGCCGUCUCAGGGCUGCUGGUCAUCUACUACGAGGCCAACUCGAGCGAGGCCUCGGGCUUCAACGCCACCUUCACGGUGCACCGCUGCCGGCCCAGCUGCCAGCCCAACCAGGAGUGCCGGGAGGGCCGCUGCCUCUGCCGGGCCGGCUACUCGGGGCCCAGCUGCCAGGAACAGACCUGCCCGGGGAACUGCACCGCCCACGCCGGGCAAGGGACUUGCAACCAGAGCCUCGGCCUCUGCGUCUGCAACGAGCCCUUUGGUGGCGUGGACUGCUCCAUCCCUCUGGAUGCUGGGAAAAUUGUUUGGGAGACCCUGAUUGACAACCAGCUGACCGCAGACACGGCCAGCCGCUUCCUGCACCGCUUGGGCCACACGAUGGUGGAGGGUCCGGAGGGCACGCUCUGGAUGUUCGGGGGCAUGUCCUUGCGCGAGGGCAUGCUGGGCAACGUCUACAGGUACUCGAUUGCCGAACGCCGCUGGACGCAGAUGCUGGCCGGAACGGAGGACCGCGGCCCGGGACCCAACCCCAGAUACUUCCACGCGGCCGCCUACGUCCCCUCCGCCAAAGCCAUGUUCCUCCUCGGGGGGCUGACGGCCGACGGCGUGGCCUCCGACUUCUGGCUGCUCAACCUCACCACCCUGCAGUGGAGGCUCAUCCCGGACCCGUCCAUUCCGGCCGUGGCUGGACACACGCUCACGGCACGGCGCGGCUCCUCCUUGCUGCUCAUCGGGGGGUAUUCUCCAGAGAACGGCUUCAACAAGAAGCUCCUCGAAUACGAUGUCCAGUCGGAGGGGUGGCGUUCGGGGAACCAGGCCGGGACCCCCCCCACGGGUCUGUAUGGACACUCGGCCGUGUAUCACGAGGCCACGGAUGCCGUAUAUGUUUUUGGCGGCCACCGCUUUCACGUUGAGAUGGUUUCCGCCUCCGCCGAGCUCUACAGCCUUUACUACCCCAACUUGACGUGGAGUUUGCUGGCUCCGUCCCAAGGCCCAAAGCCCCUGGCGCACUUCUUCCACGUGGCUGCCGUCCUGAAGGACACCAUGGUGGUGAUCGGAGGGCGCACCGAGCACGAGAACUUCACCAACCACCUCUUCUUCUACCAGCUGAACUGCAACACCUGGAUCCUCCCCAACAGCACAGCGGGGGCCGUGGUGGGGGAGCCGCUGAGGGCGUCCAUUGCGCACGCGGUGGCCUCGGUGGGGGGCCGGCUCUUCCUCUCGGGGGGCUUCGACGGGGUGGCCCUGGGCCGCAUGCUCUCGCUCUCGCUGCCGGCCGACCCCUGCCUGGUCUUCCCCUCCCGCCAGGCCUGCAACGCCUCCAGCGCCUCCUGCGCCUGGUGCCACGGCGCAUGCCUCUCCGCCGACGCCGCAGACAGGCAGGGCUGUUCCUUGGGGUCUUCCUCCUGCUUCCCGACCCCUCGCUCAGCGGACGAGUGCCGCCGCCUCAAGACCUGCAGUGAGUGCCUCUCCCAGCAUCCCCGCGCCAUGGCCCACAGUCUGGGCAUCCCCGCGGUGCCGCAGUGCAAGUGGUGCACCAACUGCCCCGAGGGCGCCUGCAUCGGCAGCGCGGGCAGCUGCACCUCCGAGAACGACUGCCGCAUCAACCAGCGGGAGAUCUUUGUGGCCAGCAACUGCUCCGAGAUCUCCUGCGAGGCCUCCGACUGCGCCAAGUGCACCGCCUCCGGGAAGUGCAUGUGGACCCGGCAGUUCAAGCGCACCGGGGAGACGCGGCGCAUCCUGAGCGUGCAGCCCACCUACGACUGGACCUGCUUCAGCCACUCGCUCCUGAACGUCUCCCCGAUGCCGGUGGAGUCCUCCCCGCCCCUGGCCUGCCCCACGCCCUGCCACAACCACAGCACAUGCGCAGAGUGCCUCAGCUCCAAGGGGGCCGACGGCGGGUGGCAGCAGUGCGUCUGGAGCGUCUCCCUGCAGCAGUGCAUGAGCCCCACGUACCUGCCCAUGCGCUGUGCGGCCGGGAUGUGCGGCCGGGUGCUGAGCGGCUCCGAGAGCUGCGCCCCGUCCUGUGCGCGGUUCCAGCAGUGCGCCCUGUGCAUCCAGCAGCCGCGGUGCGGGUGGUGCGGCCUCCGGGCAGAGAACGGCAAGGGCCGCUGCAUGGAAGGCGGGCGCAGCGGACCGAGGCCAGGGCUGGCGGAGUCCUGCGGCCCGAAGGCGGACUGGGCCUUCAUGUCCUGCGCUCCGGAGAACGAGUGCCUGAACGGCCACCACGACUGCAACGAGACGCAGAACUGCAGCGACCUGCCGCAGGGCUAUCAGUGCACCUGCAAGAACGGGUACACGCUGGACAACGCAACGGGUCUGUGCCGGCCGGUGUGUGAGCAGGGCUGUGUGAACGGGACGUGCGCGGAGCCCAACGCCUGCCACUGCCACUUUGGGUAUGUGGGGCGCAACUGCUCCGUGGAGUGCCAGUGCAACAAGCACAGCAACUGCCUGGGGGUGGAGGCCCAGGACCAGUGCCUCCAGUGCCACAACAACACCAUGGGCGAGCACUGCGAGAAGUGCCAGCCGCUCUUUGUGGGCUCUGCGCUGGGCGGGGGCUCCUGCCGGCCCUGCCUGGCCUUCUGCCGCGGAAACAGCAACCUGUGCAUCACCCGAGAGGAGUACGAGCGCGCCCGCCGAGACCCCACCCGCUUCCCGCUGGACCCGGCCUUG